AUGGCCCCGAGUUCCCGGCGCCCCUUUAAUGGGGCAGGGGUGCGAAGAAUCUCCGGGAGGAAAACCGGCGACGAGGUUCGCCACCCGUCACGUUCUGUCUCCCGGAGAGGCGAAAAGUGGAUUGCAGAGGUCCGUCUGGCUACGUUGAAUGUAUGUGGGGCAAUGAAUGAUAAAAUGGAUGAAGUAUGCGAUAUGAUGAAUGAUAGAGGAAUAGAUGUGUUAUGUGUAAAUGAGACGAAAAGGAAGGGAAAGGAUGUCACUACACAUGGCAUGUAUACCGCAUACUGGUCUGGUGUAGACGAGAUCGAGCGGGCAUGCCAGGGAGUAGGUAUCAUCCUUUCAGAAAGAAUGGGCCAAUGUGUGAAAGAGUAUGAAUGUGUAAGCCCAAGACUGCUGUGGAUACGAAUGAAAGUGGGCUUAAAGAAGUUGUUUGUGUUAGGGGUCUACGCCCCAGACAUGUCUAAGCCCACUUAUAUCCGAGAGCAGUUUUGGGAAAUGGUAAGGAUGGUGUUAAUGGAGUGUAAGGGAAAUGAAAAUAUUAUUAUGCUAGGAGAUUUUAAUGGAAGGGUUGGGGUGAGGAGGCUUGGUUAUGAAAGGAUAUUGGGAACGUUUGGUGAUGAAAGUAUAAAUGAGAAUGGUGAAAGUCUCCUCACCGUAUGUAUGGAAAAGAAUCUUUUUGUGACGAACACUUGCUUUCGCCACAAGAGGAUUCACAUGUAUACUUGGGAAAGAGGUGACGAUAGAAGCAUGAUAGAUUUAAUAAUUGUGGAUGAAAGAUUGAGGGGCGCAGUUGUAGAUACAAGGGUUUACCGGGGUUCUAACGUAGGAACGGAUCAUUAUUUGGUUCUAUGCCGAAUUAAUGGUCUAUUCAGGCGUUGGCGCCAUCGGUCAUCUGUGUCUACCACUGCGUUACAGCGUAUUAGAACAGAAAGGUUACAAGAUGAAGGUGAGAAAAAGAAGUUCAAAUGUAGACUGAAAGAAAAUAUAAGUGGUUUGGAUGAAUUAUGUAUGAAGGAGUUAGACUUGGAGAAUGUAUGGCAAAAUGUAAAGAAAGGUUUAGUGGAUGCAGCUACCGAAGUAUGUGGUGUUAGUAAGAGAAAGAAUGAAAGGAAAAAUAAUACGUUAUGGUGGGAUGAUGAGGUACGUAUGGAAGUUGAAGCAAAGAAGAGAGCAUGGCUAGAUUUACUAGCAACAAAGGCUGGUAAUUCUAGCGGUACGAAUGAUGAUAUUGAAAGAAAAAAGGCAGUCUUUAGACAUCUUAAUAAGAGAGUAAAAGAAGUAGUUGAAAGAAAAAAGCAAGAAAGAACGGAUAAGAAUGAUAGAAGAAUAUCGGAUAAUUUCCAGGCAAAUAUUAAAAUGUUCUGGAAACUUGUAAGAACUGCCAGGGGACAUUCAAAACAGCCUAUGAUGAAUGCUAUAAGAGACGAGAAUGGCUAUAUUCUGAAUGAUGAAGUUUUGAGUUUAAAGAGAUGGAAGGAAUAUUUUGAAAGCGUGUUUAUGAGUGAGGAGACAACGUGUGUACUAAGUGAAGUAGAAAUUCCGAAGGAAGAGGAAAGAGGUAGCGAGAUUAGUGUAGGUGAAAUAAUGAAAGCAAUGAAAAGCAUGAAAGCAGGUAAGGCUGCCGGAUAUGAUAGAGUUUCACUCGAAAUGCUAAGGGCUGGAGAGGAAGUGGUGGCAGGCCUGCUGCACACCUUGUUUAAUUUAUGCUGGGAACUGAAGCGGGUACCGGUAGACUGGUGCAAAGCCGUGAUAGUCCCAGUAUAUAAGGGAAAAGGGUCGCAGCAGGACUGUAAAAACUACCGUGGCAUCAGCCUUCUUAGCAUUGUGGGAAAACUGUAUGCUAAGGUACUGAUUGAAAGGGUCAUGAAAGAAACUGAUGGAAAAAUUUGGGAUGUGCAAGCAGGAUUUAGAAAGGGAAUGGGAUGUACAGAUCAAGUCUUUUCCAUGCGCAUGAUCGCGGAGAAGUUUUUUGGCCAAAAACCAAAAGGUUUUUUGUGCGUUCAUGGACUUGGAAAAGGCCUAUGA